CCUCCUGAGUACCGUUCAGUUCAGACAGUCCUCGUAGUUUAACUAGUUUUUCAAUUUCAGUUUUUACUUUCUGUCCAAAGCUCUGGUUCCCAAAUCCCUCGUUCUCUCUUCUUCUUCCAAGAAGAUCCUUUUCCUCUCACAAUGUCACUCUCUGCAAUCGGGUUCGAAGGCUACGAGAAGCGUCUCGAAGUCUCCUUCUUUGAGCCGAGUCUCUUCCUCGACACUCACGGCAAAGGACUCCGCUCCCUCCCCAAAUCUCAGAUCGACGAGAUCCUCGCACCGGCUGAGUGCACCAUCGUUUCGUCUCUCUCCAACGAUGAACUCGACUCUUACGUCCUCUCCGAGUCCAGCCUCUUCAUCUUCCCUUACAAGAUCAUCAUCAAGACUUGCGGGACCACCAAGCUCCUCCUCUCUAUCGAGCCGCUCUUGAGGCUGGCCGGGGAGCUUUCUCUCGAGGUUAAGUCCGUGAGAUACACUCGCGGAAGCUUCCUCUGUCCUGGAGGCCAGCCGUUCCCUCACCGUAACUUCUCUGAAGAGGUUUCUGUGCUCGACGGUCACUUUGCCAAUAUGGGGUUAAACAGUGUUGCGUACUUGAUGGGAGAUGACGAUGAGACCAAGAAGUGGCAUGUCUACUCUGCUUCCUCUGCGAAGAACUACUCCAACGGCGAGAACAAGAAUGUCUACACUCUCGAGAUGUGUAUGACUGGUCUGGAUAAAGACAAGGCAUCUGUGUUCUACAAGAACGAGCUAAGCUCGGCUGGCUCCUCAAUGACUGAUAACUCUGGUAUCAGGAAGAUACUUCCUGGAUCACAAAUCUGCGACUUUGAGUUCGAGCCAUGCGGCUACUCGAUGAACAGCGUCGAAGGUGACGCCAUCUCCACCAUCCAUGUCACCCCUGAAGACGGAUUCAGCUACGCUAGCUUUGAGGCUGUGGGGUACGAUUUCACUACCAUGGACUUGAGCCACCUCGUCUCGAAAGUGCUGGCUUGCUUCGAGCCAAAGCAAUUCUCAGUAGCGGUACACUCUAGCGUGGCGCAGAAGAGCUGCUACGACUCUGGUCUCUCUGUUGACCUGGAGGAUUACGGAUGCAAGGAGUCGACGGUUGAGGCUCUAGGGGAAGAGAGAGGAACGGUUAUGUAUCAGAGGUUUGAGAAGCUGGGAAUGUAUUGCGGUUCUCCGAGAUCUACCUUGAAGUGUGAGUGGAGCAGCAACAGUAGCUGCACUAGUGAGGACGAGAAGGAAGAGGGAAUCUAAAAGCUUUUUUAGUUUUGUUGUUGUUUCGAAUAAUAAUGUCGUGCGAUUAUGUUUUUUCUCCUUAAAAACCUUUGAUAAAAUUGUGUGUUUGGUUA